AAGGCUGCAGCAAAGGAGCAUUUCUUGACGUCAGGUAGGUCCGGGUAGGCUGUCUCCUGGCGAGUUCCUAGAUCCCAAGGAUCAAGUCCUUGUUCCGUGUCUAGAACUACGAAGGUACGAACAGCUAUGUAGCUUGGUCUAAAGGGACGAGGCGGCUGCAUGAAGGCAUUCACUAAUGCUGUCACUUUGGAGGAGUCAUCCGCCUUGGAGAAUGAGUCGCAUUGCAAUUUCUGGGGCGAGCAGAAGAACAUUCUCAGGGGAAGGGAGGUUGAUUUUAGGCUGGCAAGCAAGUCCCGGUAUUUCCAGGCUGCUAGCUGUAUUUCCACCUGAAAUUCCACUUCUCAUCCCGACAGACCAAAAACAAAAACUGCGGACGAGGCCGUCGAUCUGGGGUAUACAAGAGCGACAACAACUUCACAGUCACAGGAAUAUCAAUCCCAGACUAGCUAGUCCCAGGCUCCCAGGGCUUUCCUUUCAUUUCGCCUUACCUAUGUUCAGCGUCACUCCCAUCUCGACAAAAAUAAACAAACUUCAAACAAGGCUUUCCAAAUCCCCAGGACGAUCAAAAAUCAAUUCGGUCGGUCUCAAAAACGGACAAACAACUCCCCAGGGCGGACGAAAACGGCCACCCAACAAGCAAGGACCCCGAAACCGAAAAUGCUGCCCAACUCGCCUCGCGACCAAGUUCGGCCUCUGAUACGCCGCCUUGGAAUUCUGAUUGGCGGGAUAGUGAAACGAAAGGAAAAGGCAGUCGCCAACACCAACAUUGGCAAUAGUUUCACGCAGUUGAGCGGGCAUUUUGUGUUGGAUUUGAUGUUCUAUGGCCGAGUGACCUGGAUAGUGGAUCGCGACCCGACCCGGCGGGAU